AAUUGCAUGGCUGCUCGACGCAUACUUCUGCGUUGGCCAAUGCGCAGUAAACAAUGCGAAGCAUUGCGGCGUUGUCUGCAUGGCCGCAUCUCGGCUGCCCAACCCUGUUCCAUCUCAGCCUCGUGUUGAUGACGGCGACGACGCACGAGUCAAUGACUGGUCCGGACUCCGAACCCGGUCCGCGUUUGCUUGGACGGCAUUCAGAUCGUCCAAUAUCCUGUUGGGUACCUGUGAAAUCACUGAUCUGCGCGAAGGCGUUCAACUCGAAGAUGUGACGGGCUGCACAGAAGAUGACGUCGGCGAG